UUUUUUUUUUAUUUGCAGGAAACUUUUCAAGUAAUCAUGUCGGUUCCUCAGAUGAAACGACGCAAAAUACAACAUGACUAUUACAAAGAUUCUGUAGUUUGUAACAAGAAUACUAGGACCACUAUUACUACUACCAGGUUGGCUUUUGAUUUUACGUCUCCUCAUACGCCUCUUAUUUUAUCAAGUUACGCAGGCUUGAUAUUUUAUACCAUUUUGAUUGGAUCCUUACUGGUGCUUCUAUAUCUUGGACUCACAUCAGUACAACAGGAAAUACAUGAACGUAUAGCUGAACACAGUCGAGAGUUGGAAUAUAGUGUUGCCCAAUGUCGGCAAAAGUAUCAAGGUAAUCAUUGUCAAGACAAAGUCAAGUUUCCUUUCUUGGUGACUUAUUGUAAUGCCUGGCUCAAGUGUAUGCAGCAAAAUACUCGGGUUGUUAAAAGAGCCGAUAUAGGUGCUCGUGUAUUCGGCGAACUUAUCAAUUCAUUUUUUGAUGCAUUGACUUUGAAAACGAUGGUUGCUUUAUCGUUAUUGAUGUUUGGUCCCAUUCUCUUCUUAUACAUUUUAUAGACCAUUAUACCUUUUUUUAUAUAUACACAUUAUUUGUAUUAUACCUUUAUCAUCCCAUUUUGGUACUUCAUUUUUAGCAUCAUCAUCACCAUUCCACCCUAUCCGAUCGUUGUCAGCAUCAUCAUCAUCAUAGAUACGCGUCAUGUACUAUCAUCAUCCCGUUUUUUUUUUUUUUAUUGUCUUCU